CUAUAAGAGCGAGAUGAUUCGAAGCUCCGGGCUACCAGAGACGUCUCUCCCUCCUCUUCCUCCUCCUCCUCUUUCUCGGCUCCGGCAUCCAGCGACCCCAUCUCUCUCUCUCUGUCUCUCUCUCUCCCUCUCUGCGUCUUUCUCUCCCGGUGUCCCGCUCCUUCCAAGAGCCAGCCGCCAUGCUGCGCCAGUCCAGCGUCUCUUUCCAAAGCGGUGGCCGUAAAGGCUUCAGCGCCGCGUCGGCGGUCACUCCGUCGGCCAGCCGGACUAGCUUCAGCUCAGUCUCGGUGUCCCGGAGCGGCGGCGGCGGCGGCGGGGGCGGCUUCGGCCGGGUCUGCGGCGGGGUCGGCGGCGGGGCCGGCUUCGGCAGCCGCAGCCUCUACAACCUGGGAGGCUCCAAGCGCAUCUCCAUCAGCGGGGGCGGUUUCCGCAGCGGAUUCGGCGGCCGAGCGGGCGGAGGCGGAGGAUACGGUUACGGCGGCGGCUAUGGCUUCGGCGGCGGCGCCGGGAGCGGAUUCGCACUCGGAGGCGGCGCCGGAGGCUUCGGGGGCGGCUUCCCCGUGUGCCCCCCUGGCGGCAUCCAGGAGGUGACCAUCAACCAGAGCCUGCUGGCCCCCCUGAACCUGCAGAUCGACCCCACCAUCCAGCGGGUGCGGUCCGAGGAGCGCGAGCAGAUCAAGACCCUCAACAACAAGUUCGCCACCUUCAUCGAUAAGGUGCGUUUCCUGGAGCAGCAGAACAAGGUACUGGACACCAAGUGGGAGCUGUUGCAGCAGCAGGGGACCAAGACCGUGAGGCAGAACCUGGAGCCGCUCUUCGAGUCCUACAUCAGCAACCUGAGACGCCAACUGGAAUCCAUCCUGAACGAGCGCGGCCGGCUGGAUUCCGAGCUCCGGGGCAUGCAGGACCUAGUGGAGGACUUCAAGGCCAAGUACGAGGACGAGAUCAACAAGCGAACUACAGCCGAGAACGAGUUCGUGAUGCUCAAGAAGGACGUGGACGCCGCCUACAUGAACAAGGUAGAGCUGGAAGCCAAGGCGGACGGCCUGACAGAAGAGAUCAACUUCCUUCGGACGCUAUACGAGGCGGAACUGGCCCAGAUGCAGACGUCUGUCUCCGACACUUCGGUGGUCCUAUCCAUGGACAACAACCGCUCCCUGGACCUGGACAGCAUCAUCGCCGAGGUCAAGGCCCAGUACGAGGACAUCGCCAACCGCAGCCGGACGGAGGCUGAGUCCUGGUACCAAACCAAGUACGAGGAGCUACAGCUGACCGCCGGCCGUCACGGGGAUGACCUGCGCAACACCAAGCAUGAGAUCUCCGAGAUGAACCGCAUGAUCCAGCGGCUCCGGUCCGAGAUCGACAACGUCAAGAAGCAGUGCGCCAACCUGCAAGCCGCCAUCGCCGAUGCGGAGCAGCGCGGUGAGCUGGCCCUCAAGGACGCCCGGACCAAGCUGGAGGAGCUGGAGGCCGCCCUGCAGAAGGCCAAGCAGGACAUGGCCCGCCAGCUGCGCGAGUACCAGGAGCUGAUGAACGUCAAGCUGGCCCUGGACAUCGAGAUCGCCACUUACCGCAAACUGCUGGAGGGCGAGGAGUGCAGGCUGAGCGGAGAGGGCGUCAACCCCGUCAACAUCUCUGUGGUCACGUCCAGCGUAUCCAGCGGCUACGGCAGCGGGGCAGGCAGCGGCUUAGGCCUGGGCGGCGGUCUGGGCGGCGGCCUGGGCGGCGGCCUGGGCGGGAGCAGCGGCUACUCGUACUCCAGCGGCGGUGGACACAGCCUGGGCGGUGGGCUGAGCGUCUCCGCCGGCGGCGGCGGGUUCAGCACCGGGAGCGGCCGGGGUCUGGGCGGGAGCAGCGGCUCUAGCGUCAAGUUCGUCUCCACCACCUCUUCUAGUCGGAAAAGCUACAAGAGCUAAACGCCUUGACCCGCCCGGUGCGCCGGCCCACUGACCCCUCUCCCUUCCCCCACCUCCCACCUCCGCCCCUCUCCUCCAGGCCGGGCGCUCCAGCCGCGGGGGCUGGCGGGCGGUGGGACGGUCUCUCUGUUCCUCAAACUAACCUUCCUCUCUUUCCAACGCCUUCUGCCCCGUUGGGUAGGUGAGAGUUUUGUGCCAUCGGGGAUCUGAGCCUCGCUCCGCGCUCUGCCGCUCACUGCUGUGUGACCUUGGGCAAAUCGCUCAACUUCUCUGGGCCUACUGUCCCCCCUGAUCCUCCUCAUCCCGCCCCUCCCGGGAAAGGGGUGAGAUCGAUGUGGGGGGACGCAGGCUAUACACCGUCAUAAACCCGGUUAAUCGGAGAAAACGUUAAAUCCAGGCCCGGAGAGUUCUAAGCCCAACACUCUGACACUAAAGCUUUCUCGCCCCGCGCCCCCCGCUCGCGCUCCCCUCCCCCAACCCCUGGGUGGUCUCUGCCUCCACCAGAGCCCCCCGCACAGAGAUCACCUUUCCGGGCUGCGGCCCACCACACGCGCUGUUUGGGGAAAAAGGGAGGAGCGU